AUGGCGUCUCAGUGGCAGGGCAUGAGGACCUCCGUGCGCAGACGAUCACUCCUAAAGGAGGAACUGCUAGAAAAGGAGGUGACCCGAUCUGCUGGGGGUCAUCUGGAGACCCGUCCCUUGAGCUCCCUAUGCAGACAGUUCCAAAGGAGGCUGCCACUGAGAGCGGUCAGCCUGAACCUUGGCAAUGGCCCCUCCUGGAAACGCCUGGAAAGUCCAGAGCCAGAGCAGCAAGGUCUUCAGGCUGCAGCUCGCUCAGCCAAAAGCGCCUUGGGUGUCAUGUCCCAGAGGAUCCAGGAGUCCUGUCAAAGUGGCACCAAGUGGCUGAUGGAGACACAGGUGAAAGUGAGGAGGAAGCGAGGAGCCCAGAAAGACAAAGGGUCACCACCACCCAGUCUGAGCCAGAAGAAUACUCGGCUAUGCAGGUCCAACCGGGAUGCUAGAAUUGGGGGACAUCCUCGCCUCUCUGGCCAGAUGGGUCCACACGCCCAUCGUCGUCAGCGGCUAAGGAGGGAGGCUGCCCUUCGGAGCCCCUGUUCCUCCAGAGAACCUCUCUGCUCUCCCAGUGAGUCUGGCAGCGACCUAGAACCUGUGGAAGCUGGAAUCCAGCGUCUUCAGAAGCUGUCUCAAAAGCUGGACAAAGCCAUCAAGGCUGAAGAGUAG